GAAGCUUAUGACCGUUUAUCUCCAGGUUUCAGAGAACGCUUGGCUGGCUUGACUGCCACUCACUCAGGGGUUGAGCAACAUGUGGGCUCAGCCAAAGCCGGGAUGGUUCCUAAGAGAGACGCCAUCAUCAGUUCGCACCCAGUUGUUAGACAAAACCCGGUUACGAAAAGAAAAUCUCUCUUUGUCAACAAAGAAUUCACCCGUGCAAUCGAAGGUUACAAGAAGGAAGAGAGUGAGGCUUUGUUGGGCUUUUUAUACCAGCAUUUAGGAAACGCCGUUGAUUUCCAGAUCAGAGCUCUGUUGAGACAGUACAGUAUAGUCUUCUGGGAUAACAGAAGUACUCUUCACACAGCCACUGUUGACUACGAUUCCAAUGCUACUCCAAGAGAGGGUUUUAGAUUGACUGUUACGGGGGAGACCCCA